UUCAUUUUGGAAAUUGAUUUCAUGAAUGUAUAUGUCACUGAUAUAAUAUAACGUUCAGGUUUGUUUAUUUAUUUAUUUGAUUGGUGUUUUACGCCGUACUCAAGAAUAUUUCACUUAUACGAUGGCGGCAAGCAUUAUGGCAGGAAGAAACCCGGAAGAAUCCAGGGUAAACCCACGACUAUCCGGAGCUUGUUGGAAGACCCUCCCUGUUCAGCCGUAGAGUAAGCCAGCAUGAGCUGGACAUGGACUCGCAGCGACCGUUUGGUGAGAGGCUCCUGGGUCACUGCACUGCGGUGGCGUGCUAACUACCUCGGCACCGCAUGACCUGCAGGGUUGCUCUUUAGUAGAACGUUUAGCCUCACACAGUGAGCCAGUAUAUCACAUAGGUUACAAGCUAUAUGAAUCUGGUUACAUAUAUAGAGAAGAAAUACAUAUAAUUUAUCUCCCCACAGAUAACAGGGUAUCCGUAGCUGAAUGUGUGGCACACACUGAUCAAUACUGCUGAAAAGAGCAGUGCAUUGUCUAAUAUACCUCAUUGCAUGGUGCCCUAUAAAGCUGCGUACCGUAGGCGGAUUGGACGAUUUGACUUAAAUAGAGGUAUAUUGAAGAUCUCGUGAUGUCAAAGGUCUGGGGAUUCCAGCUGAAAUGGCGUGGACAAAUAUGGUGGUGCACACUACUCUGCGCAUGCAUGGUGACCAUACUCAUCUCCAUCUGCUGGUUGUUCGAUCGCUCAAAAACGUUGUUACCGCCGAGUGGUCAAAUCUGUGUUAGAUUCAUGGGCGGGCUGGGAAAUCUGAUGUUCCAAUAUGCGUCGUCUUAUGGCAUUGCUGAGGCCAAGCAUAUGGCGUUUGGUAUGGCAAAAAGUGACAAAUUGUGGAGCGUUUUUCCAGGUUUAAAGGCUGUGCGUACUGAGCAUGUUUGCUCCGGAUAUAGAAUCCACACCGAAAAGCGCGCAUGCGCAUUCGAUCAAGAGACAAUGGACUUUCUGGCUAGUGACCGAGUCCAGCUGUAUGGGUAUCUUCAGUCGUGGAAGUAUUUCUCGCACGUGGAGAACGACAUUAGACUUCAGUUCACGUUCAAUCACCAGACCCUUGAAAAGGCAAGGAAGUUGCUAACCCAAAGCAAACGUCUUGUGCGCAAAAACGACGACGCGCACGAUGAAGUCAUCGCGAUUGGCGUACACGUCAGAAGAACUGACAAACUCUCGGCUGAGUCUAUCAGUGUAGGUUACGUAGUUCCCGGGAAGGCAUACUUGGACAAAGCCAUGAACUACUUCCGUAGGAAGUUUCGUAGACCUCUGAUUUUCAUCGUCUGCUCAGACGACGAAGAAUGGACCAAAGAUAACAUCAAGGACAGAGACACGGUGAUAGUGUCUCGGAAUUCUGCCGAGGUGGACAUGGCCUUACUCAGCCUUUGUGAUCACAACAUCAUAACGAUUGGCACGUUCGGAUGGUGGUCUGCUUUCCUUAGCAACGGUACCACUGUGUACUAUGGUAACAGUUUCCGGUCGGGGUCAUGGCUUGAGAAAAACGCCGCCAGUGAUCCUCGACAAACACACUUCUUCCCUCCGCAUUGGAUUUCUAUGACGUAAAUCAGUUGUUAUCCAUUAAGAGGAAAAACUUUCUUCAGCAUUUGUUUAAUGACCUGUGAAGAAUCUCAUUGUGCACGUGCAAAGAAACACUUCAGCUUUUCGAAAGCUAGCAGCCAUGUAUGCCUAUGUGGGCAUAUUGAGGGGCUCAUGCAGUGGCUCAGAAGGUUAAACUGCUGGCUGACUGGACUGUCAAACCCUUGGGCAAUGAGGUCGAGAGUUCGAAUCUAGCUCUUAAUCGCUUUUUUUCGGUCGGGCCUUAACUUAAGUGGUUUCUCAGGUACCUGGCGCAGAUUUAUGGUUUACUCCAGGCUCUGCUGUUUCAUCCGCCCGCAAAACUGACUGCUGUCAUACUAAUGAAAAUUCUC